UCUCCCUAACCAAAAUAACUUGUUCAUUCUUCAUUUUCUACGAUGAAAACCUUUCUGUUUUUAGCAACUGUUGUUGUGGGCGUCUUUGUUUCAGGGGUGUAUAGCUACACAAAGUCUGAAGUUACAUCAUGGUGUAACGAGACACCCCACCCACAACCGUGUGAACAUUUCUUGGGCACAAACUCAAACUAUGGUUCCAUCAAACAAAAACCAGACUUUCUAAAAGCUUUAUUGAAAGUCACAUUAGAUCGAGCAAAAUAUGCAGGGUCGCAUACUUUGACUCUCGGCCCUAAAUGUCGUAACAAUCGUGAGAAGGCUGCAUGGUCUGACUGCCUUGAGCUCUACGAAUACACCAUCUCGAAGAUCAACAAGACUGUUGAUCCUUACCAAAAGUGUAACAAAGUCGACAUCCAGACAUGGUUAAGCACAGCUCUCACUAAUAUAGAAACGUGCAAAGCUGGAUUCGAAGAGCUUGGUGUUAGUGACUAUGUGUGGCCAUUGAUGAACAAUAACGUAUCGGCUUUGAUUAGCAACACGUUGGCCAUGAACAAAGGAGGGAAUACUUACAGUGCUCCAAAAGUAGGGUUUCCAACUUGGGUGAAGCCUGGUGAUCGGAAGUUGUUGCAAACGUCAACACCUAAGGCUAACAUGGUGGUGGCUCAAGACGGUUCUGGUAACUACAAGACCAUCCGUGACGCCAUAGCUGCUGUGCCAAAGAGGUCGGGGAAUGGAAGGUAUGUGAUACAUGUGAAGGCAGGUGUUUAUAAAGAGAAUAUCGAAAUCGGUUCAAAAUUGAAGAACAUAAUGAUUUUUGGAGAUGGUAUUGGUAAAACUAUCAUAACAGGAAGCAAAAGUGUUGGAGGAGGCACCACCACCUUCAAAUCAGCCACUCUUGCGGUGGUUGGAGAUGGGUUUAUUGGUCGGGGCUUCACCAUAAGAAACACCGCCGGCCCACAAAACCACCAAGCCGUGGCGAUGCGAAGCGGUUCUGAUCUUUCAGUGUUUUACCAGUGCAGCUUUGAAGGGUAUCAAGACACAUUAUACACCCACUCAGAUCGACAAUUCUAUAGAGAAUGUGACAUUUAUGGCACAGUUGAUUUCAUUUUUGGCAAUGCCGCCGUGGUUUUCCAAAAUUGCAACAUUUACGCCCGUAAACCACCAAACAAGACCAACACGUUGACUGCUCAGGGCAGGACUGAUGAAAACCAAAACACCGGAAUUUCAAUCCAAAACUGUCGUAUCACGGCGGCUCCCGACCUGAAAGGUGUGUCCGGUGUUAAGACGUACCUGGGUAGACCAUGGAAGCAAUACUCGAGGACGGUUUUUCUCAAGUCAAACCUUGAUAGCUUGAUUGACCCCGCCGGAUGGAUGCCAUGGAGCGGGAAUUUUGCACUUAGUACGUUGUAUUAUGGCGAGUAUAUGAACACCGGGCCUGGUUCCUCCACCGCUAAAAGGGUGAAUUGGAAAGGUUACCAUGUCAUCACCAGUAGCUCUGAGGCGGCGAAGUUCACCGUUGGGAAUUUCAUUGCCGGAGGUUCUUGGUUGCCGGCAACCAACGUGCCAUUUACUUCCAGUCUGUAAUUCAAUUGUUUAUAUGUUGUAAUUUUUUUCUCAUUUUAUUUCUAUCAAAUUUCUUGGAUUAUUGAAUC